AUGUCAACCACCGAGCCUGUACCGUCGACGCCAACCCGCCCGGACGGCGACGCACAAGAAGGCGCCCCCGGAGCCGCCUCGCCCCCCGGCACCGGCCUCUCUGUGCCCGCCAGCUCCGACGCCAGUGAGAAGCAGCUCGACAAGACGUCCGCCGCCGUGGAAUGGGACCUUGACCCGCGCAACCCCAUGAACUGGCCCAACUGGAAAAAGGCACACCUCAUCAUUAUGCUGUCCUCCUUUGGCUUCGUCUCCUCCGCCGGCACGUCCAUCAUCAGCCCCGCGACCGCCGCCAUCGCCGCCGAGUUCCACGUCUCGCGCGUCGUCGCCCUCCUUCCGCUCUCGCUGUACUGCUUCGCCCUCGGCUUCGGCCCCGUCCUCGGCGGCCCGCUGUCCGAGACCCUGGGCCGCCGGCCCGUGUACGUCGGCACCAGCGUCCUCGGCGCGCUCUUCACGCUCGUCGCGGGGCUGACGCACAGCUUCGCGGGGCUGUGCGUGCUGCGCUUCCUGGCGGGGUUCUGCUGGGCGCCGGCGCUGGCGUCGGGCUCCGGGUCCAUCGUGGAGACGUUUGCGCCGCGUAGUCGCGGGCCGAUGAUGGCGGUGUACAUUCUCAUGCCCUUUCUGGGUCCGGGCUUUGCCCGUCAAAACUGGCGCUGGACGCAGUGGAUUCUCCUCUUCUUCGCCGCCUUCACCCUCCUCUUCACGCUCACCACGUGGGAGACCUUCCCCGCCAUCCUCAAGCGCCGAAUCGCCAAGGAGCGCGGCGAGCACGUGCCACCCUCUCCUCCCAUCCCCCAACGCAUCGCCACCUUCCUACAGACCGGCCUCGUCCGGCCGGUGCACAUGCUCCUCACCGAGCCCAUCACCGGCUUCCUGUGCCUGUACGUCUCCGUCAACUUUGGCAUCCUCUUCAGCUUCUUCGCCGGCCUGGCCUACACGUUUGGCCGCGUCUACCACUUCGACGUGGAGCAGUCCGGGCUCGUCUUCCUCUCCGUCGCCGUCGGCUGCCUGCUCGGGCUGGCCACGAUCCUGCUCUGCGACGUCGCGCUGUACCGCCCGCGGAUGGCGCGCUUCCCGGGCGGAAAGGUGCCGCCGGAGCAUCGGCUGUACCCGGCGAUGGUGGGCAGCUUGGGAUUGCCGGUGGGCUUGUUCUGGUACGCGUGGACGGCGAGGAGCGACGUGUCGUGGGCGAGCCCGGCGGUGGCGAUAUUGCCGUUUGCCUGGGGGAACCUGUGCAUCUUUGUCUCGGCGAUGCAGUACGGCGCGGACACGUACCACGGCAGCGUAGUGGCGAGCCAGGCCAGCGCGAACAGCCUGGCGCGGUACGGGUUUGCAGGUGCGUUUCCGCUCUUCAUCGUGCAGAUGUACGACAAGCUGGGCGUCAACUGGGCAGUCAGCCUGUUUGCGUUCGUGACGGUUGCCCUUCUUCCAAUCCCGUGGGUUCUGUUCAAGUUUGGUCCUCGCAUCCGUGCCUUGAGCAAAUACCCAACGGUCCAGUACGAGAAUCUUUAA